AAACACUCCACACAUGAACGGACUGGCCCUGGCGUGCUGACAGCCUGCGACGGUCAGUACUCACCCGAAAGGCUUCCCGUGCUGUGCGUUGUGCCGUGUCAGUGAAAAGCAAGUUCGGUUCGGUUGCAGGUUUCAGGUGAUUACAGGAGACAGUGAUAGUGCCGUGUGACAGUGUGGCGAUAUUCGGGGGUAGAGCAUUGGACGGAUUCGUAGUCACGUUUAGAGACGUCAUCAGGACCCGGUCACGACAAAGGCGUUCCUAUGCUAUACCGUGCAAGGGGAGACACGCUUCGAUGUCUCGGUAGUUUAGAUAAUGCUUAAGCUACCCAAAGGACUGAAGAAGAAAAAGAAAGGCAAAAAGUCGAAGAAAGACCAGGAACUCUUUACCGAGGAGGAGCUCGAGCAGUACCGGCGGGAGCACCAGAACCAGUCGGCGCUCAACUCGGCGGCACCAUCGGACAGUGAGGACCAGCCGAGCGGCGGCGGCGGCGGCGGCGGUAGUGGUAGCGGUGGUGGCGGCGGCACCAGCAGUGGCAGCGGCGUAGCGCCGACCGACAAGCCCGACACCGACGAGGAAUGGUCCAAGUUUGCGGCGCUCACCAGUGGCAUUGACUCGGUGCUCAAGAAGACGCAGGGCGACCUCGACCGGAUCAAGAGCACCUCCUUCUUCCAGAAGGUCCCGACCCGGGUCGAGCAGGAGGCGAAGGAGCGCGAGGAGCGCGAGCGGCGCGAGCAGGAGGAGCGCGAGCGGGCGGCCGAGGAGGCGCGGGCCCGCGAGGAGCAGCGAGCAGCCGAGGAGCUCAUCAACGCGGUCGUCGAGCUCUCGGAGUCGGAGCCGAACUCGGAGGCGGAGGCGGAGCAGGACAUCUUCGACACCGGGUACAUCGAUGCGAUCGCGAGCGGCGAGCUGCCGAUUGCGUACGUACCGGAGUCGCCCGAGCUAGAGUCGUACGAGGGUGAGGCGGAUCCGUUCGAUACCUCGUACGCGGAGCGCGUCAUCAAGGGGCCGGAGGUAUCCAAGCGCGGCAAGAAGCUCGUCAGCAUCGGCUCGGCCGUUGAGGUGCUGACUGGGCGCGUUGAGAGCGUAGCCGGUGGUUCCACCAAGGGUAAUCGACCGCGGCGUGGCAUUCAGAAUUUGCUGCUCGCGAGCUUCGACGAGAGUGAGCAGCAGCAGCAGCAGCAGGGACGGAGCGAAGGAGAGCCGAGCGUUGGUGGAGAGGGCAGGCAGACUGAGCAGCAUUCGGUUGCAGCCGAGCCGCAGUGUUUUAGCUUGCUGGAUGACUUUACCGAUCUGCCAGCGGACGUACCGAUCGAUUUGAGCGUUUCGCUACACCUGACACUACAGAAGCAGCAGCAGGAAGAGGUAGCAUCGGCACCGGAGGGCAACGGAGCAGCUCCGGAGCUCGAUCUAGACGAGUUUGACGAGCUCAAGAAGCGCACACCGGUCCUAGCGGGAGGUGACGACUUUGAGCUACUGAUUGGAGACGCUGGUUCAAAGGCAGCAGCGAGCUCCGACCUACCGGUCGUCGAUCUAGACGAGUUCGAGCCGGCCGCAGUAGACGACCCGUUCGAUACCGGGUUCGUGGAGCGCAUCCUACCGGCGACUGCCGUCGAGGACGACGAGUUUGACCCGCGGGCGGAAGAGCCACCGCUCCCCGAGGACGACUUUGACUUUGAUCCGCGGGCGGCCGAGCGUGAGUGCAAGCGUCCCAGCACUCCGGACCUCUUCUCGGUCGAUCAGCCGCACCGUUCGCUGCCGGUACGGCCGGACCCGCCGGCCAAGGACCUACUGUCCGGCAGCAGCACCGACCUAGCCGGUAUCGCCCACGCGCCCCUUGAGUGUACGGCGGGGGGUAGUGGAGCAGCACCAGCCGCGACCGUCGAUCCGUUCGACACCUCGGACGUCGAGUUUAUCGUAGCGCCGGGCCGCACCGAGCUCAAGUUCCUCGAGCAGGAGCUCCUGACCGACGGGCGGCCGGCAGGGCUGAGCCACUCGCUCAGCGAUCCGGACUUUGAUCCGCGCGCGGACAGUGCGGAGGAGCAGCGCACGGCCGAGGAGGAGCAUCGCACGGAGGAAGACUUCCAGUCGCUCGCGCAGCGCAAGUCCUCCCUCAGCCUGCACAUCGCGAACGGAGCUGCCCUCUCUGGUGCUGGUAGUAGUGCGAAUCGCAGCAAGUCGGUCGUGUUUGCCGUGCCGACGCCCGACCUGCUCAAGCUCGACGGGGAGCAGUCGCUCGCGAAGAAGCCACUCACGCCGUACUACAACCGGGAGCCGUCGCUGCCGGACGCGGACGUCGACCCGUUCGACACCUCGUUCGUGCCGUCGGUCGCGCCCACUCAGCUCGAGCUCAGCCUGCUCGAGCGGGAGCUGAACGGAGCGUCGCUCAACCGGAGCCUGUCCGAUCCGGAGUUUGAUCCGCGCGCCAGUCCACCCGCCGCUGCGGCGGCCGCUACGUCCGGUGCUGAUCUGCUCGGCGUGAGCGAGGGCGAACUACAUCUGCAGAAGGUGCUGACGCCUGCGCGCGGCAGUGCGGCAGCGGUCGAGGCCGACCCGUUCGACACGUCCAUUGCGGUGAACCUGCAGCCGGGCCGGGCGGAGCUGAAGCUGCUCGAGGACGAGCUGAUCCCGCCCGUCGCUGCGGAGUGCGCCGGUACCGUGCCCGACAUCCUCUCGGACGGUGCGCCCGAGGCGAGCUCGGUCUUCGUGAAGGUGCUGACACCGCAGGCCAGCAGCGGUUCGCUCGAUCUUGCCGGUGGUGCGGAGCAGGAGGAGAUCGACCCGUUCGAUACGUCGUUCGUGCCGAGCCUGGGACCGGGCCGGGCGGAAAUUAAGCUGCUCGAGAGCGAGCUGAUCGACCAGCACUAGAAGGUAGAAGCGGCAGCAGUAGCA